AUGAAUAAUAAUGAGAUGAGAGAAUCUUACCUUGGUGUAUUUCAUAUACCAAAUGUUACGUUAUCAUAAUCAUAAUUAGAUGAUAUUUUGAGACUCCUAGAUAACCUCAAAAAAAUUCCGCAUCAAUUUUUUACGAGCUUAGACAUUGUAGAGAAGGGUUCUUUUCUAAUGAGAAUCAAAUUAAAAAAGAACAACAAAGCCAAAGCUAUGAUAAAUUUCGUUAUUAUAUUAUAGAAAAAAUAAGCGAAAGAGGAAUUAGAAUAGGAUAUUGUUGAGAAUGGAUUUGUUUUGAGCUUCUAUGAAUAUAAUUUUUAAUCCAACACCUUGGGAUCCUUUGAAAAUAAGGAGGAAUGGUACAUAUUAAAGUGUGACAAUUUUUACUACAAUUUAUCAGACUAAUUCAAAGAGACUAACAAAUAAUAAACAGUUGUAGGUUGCUUAAAUUGCGAGAACUAAAGACCUCGAUUUUUGGAAUAAUAAACAAUUAACUUUUGCCAAAUUUGCAUUACUCGUUAAUUUGAUUUUAAAAAUAUCAAUGAAAUGAAGAUUUAACUUGAAAAUGGCAUAUUGAUAAUCACAAGAUUAGAUUAAGAGAAAUAUUUAUAAUAAUAGGGCCUCUAAAUUUAGUGCAGGGGCUAUUCCAAAUCCUCUUAUUUAAAUUCAGAAUGUAAUACUAAUUAAUAAUCAAAAAACAGUGAUAAUAAUGAUGCAUAUAGUGGAGAAUAAGAGUACUCUUAAAAUGAUGCAUAUAGUGGAGAAUAAGAGUACUCUUAAAAUGAUGCAUCAUGA